AUGCCACUGCGCAAACUUGGUGAACCGAGACCGGCAUCUGGUUAUGGCUCUAGCGGUGAUCAGCGAGCAUGCCCAGAUAGUCUCAGCCAGAAUCUUGACACUUCUAGCCCGUUGUCAGCAUCAAGUUAUAUCAGGGAUCCAUCUGCCGCAAGUUCGACAUUGGCCAGUUCUACCGAUGACUCUUUACCAGCACGCUACGUGGCCAGCAUGGAUGUAGGGGCUCUGCAAAAAAGAAUUAAAGAACUUGAAGAACAAUUGUCAAAAGCAGUUGCAAUUACCAGGUCUUCUGAUUCAGCCUCAGGCCAGAGUACUGCAACUGCAGUAAAUGAAACAUAUCUGGCCCAUAUUCAUUCUAAACAUGAAAGCCGCUUAUUUGGAUCAAGUCACAUCAUAAACCGUGGAGUAAUGCACAAGAACAGAUUGUAUGGCCAGAGUCAUUGGGGUAGUGGCAUUGCACAUGUGGCAAUUGAUAUCCUGGAGUUGAUCGAACCACAUGUUCGAAUCGAGUCUUCUAAGAUUUUCACUGGAAUGGAAAGGUGUAAGGCUUUCGGAAGGAUAAUAAAAUGGCAGCGCGCGCCUCCGUGGCCUACACCACCAACAACUGAUCUUCCUUCAAGAGAUGUUGCCGAUAAGCUCAUAGACGGUUACUUGCGAACAAUUGAGACAGUCCAUCGAAUACUCCACGUGCCGACCUUCAGGAAGGAUUAUGAAGCAAUUUGGGCGGCUGAUAGCACACCAGAUACAGGGUUUCUGAUUCAGGUGAAACUGGUGCUCGCCAUAGGGAGUACUGUGUACGACGAGCAAUUCUCCUUUCGACCAUCAGCGUUAAAGUGGGUAUAUCAAGCUCAAACCUGGAUUUCAGAACCUGAGUUCAAGGCCCAGCUUAGUCUCCAAUAUCUGCAAACCUGUAUUUUGCUCAUACUCGCACGAGAGUCGACUAGCAUUGGCGAAGACUUUACUUGGAUCACUACGGGUGCACUGAUCAGAGCAGCAGUGUAUAUGGGUCUGCACAGAGAUCCUGUACACCUACCCAAACGAACUCCCUUUGGUGCCGAAAUGCGUCGCAGAUUAUGGAACACAAUCCUGGAGAUAAGCUUGCACUCAAGCAUGCUCUCCGGAGGUCCUCCACUUAUGUCUCUCACCAGUUUUGACACUGACCCCCCUGGAAACUUCGACGAUGAACAACUAAUGACCGAGAACCCCGUCCCGAAGCCAGGACAUGAAUUCUCUCACACAACUAUUGCAAGAGCACUUCGCAGGACAUGGGAAAUCCGACUCGCCAUCGCCAAAUUUCUGAACGAUUUAACAUCCACUGGCACAUAUGACGAAGCCCUUCGUCUUGACCGCGAAUUCCGAGCUUUCUACAAGGAACUCUCUCGCACGCUUCACACGACCAAUUUGAAAAGCGACUGCUCGCGCUCUCAGUUUACGAUGAACUACCUGGAUUUUAUCAUGCAGCGUUACCUUAUGUCAAUCCACAUACCAUUCCUAGGCCCGGACUUCCAUACUACGACAUAUGCAUUCUCCCGCAGAGUGGUAAUUGAUACCUCACUCAGGCUUUGGACGGCAAUCUAUCCAAUUUCAACUUUGCAGACUGCACAAUCUGACAGCAACCGUAUUCCAAAAGCUCAAAGCGACCUAGCACGCCUGACAAUGUGUGGCAAUGGUUUUCUUCGAACAACCGCUUUUCAGGCAAGCCUCUUGCUUGCUGGGGAGCUUCUGAUGCAAUUGAAAGAGGACGAAGGGCUUGGCCCGGCAACAUUAAGACCCGAUCUCCUAGCUGUGUUGAAAGAAUCAAAAGACUGGUCUUUUGAAUGCAUCCAGGCGGGUGAGACUAACAUAAAGGGAUACCUCCUCAGUUGCUUGCUAGCUGCAUAUCUUGAUGGGCUCAUGCGCGGCCUGAGAAAGGAUGAGCUCCCUGGGCUGUUGAUCAAGGCCGCUGAAGAUGCUGAAAUUAGGUGCUCUGCCAUUCUCGAGCAAAUGGCGGCUCACAGCCAAAGCGGAUCAAACCUAAAUGCUCCACUACCGCUCUCUCCAGAUUCGUUGGUAGACCCGAUGAGUGAAUGGGAUUAUAUGAUAUCUGAUGACCAGUUCAACUUUGGCAGCAUGGAUCCCAUGAACUGGUUAUUGGAUGAUGAGCAAUUGCGCCGCAUGUUCUGA